UCAGCUGGGCUGGAGGUCGCAGCUGCUGGAGGGAGCAGGGAAGCUGCCGCGGUUGCUUUUCUGCCCAUGCGAUCCCGGGCAGGUCUGUGCGGGGCGCUGCUGGCCCUUCUGCUCCCUGCCUGGGCCGGGAUCGGGGCCAGCUCCGAGCAGAAAGCGGUCAGCAAAGAUGAAAACCUGGUGCGGCUCUCGGGUGGGAAGUUUCAAAUGGGAACCAGUUUGUUUGACAGCAGAAGUGAAGAUGGGCCCCCCAGAGAGGUGACAGUCAAGGCGUUUCUGAUAGACAAAUAUCCGGUCAGCAACAGAGAUUUCCGGGAGUUUGUGCGAGAUCGGAAGUACAAAACCGAAGCAGAGGAGUUUGGAUGGAGUUUCGUUUUUGAGGAUUUUGUGCCCGAAGAUCUUAAGAAGAAAGUGACACAAAAGCUGCAGUCUGCACCCUGGUGGCUUCCGAUAGACAAAGCAUUUUGGAGACAGCCUGCAGGUCCCGGAUCUGACAUUAAGGACAAGCUGGACCACCCAGUGUUGCACGUGAGCUGGAAUGACGCCAGAGGUUUUUGCGCGUGGAAAGGGAAGAGGCUUCCGACGGAGGAGGAAUGGGAGUUUGCUGCCCGGGGAGGACUGGAGAACAGGCUGUAUCCUUGGGGAAACAAAUUCCUGGCUAACCGAACAAACCUGUGGCAGGGCAACUUCCCUGACCAGGACACAGCUGAAGAUGGUUACCAUGGAGUUUCCCCAGUGUCCGCAUUCCCUCCACAAAAUAGCUAUGGGAUUUAUGACCUGCUAGGAAAUACCUGGGAAUGGACCACCUCAACCUAUCGCCCACCCAGACCUGCAUCCCGUCAACCUGCUCAGGAGAUGCGUGUCCUGCGGGGAGCUUCUUGGAUUGAUACGGUGGAUGGGUCGGCAAAUCACAAGGCUCGGGUGACGACACGGAUGGGGAACACGCCAGACUCUGCCUCAGACAACCUGAGCUUCCGUUGUGCUGCCAGCAUGCCCCUGGAAAGUGUGAACAAAAACACAGAACUCUGAAGAGGUUCAUCUUCAAAAAAAAUGGAGGCUUACAACUUUUCUCCUUUGGAGACCAGCCUUGCUGCUCUUGCUUGGAAGAGGAAUACUGUUUUUCACUCAAGUGGUGGAUUUUAGGGCUGGAUCAAAAGAUGUUUUGAUGCUCUAAACCGGGACCAAAGACUAUUACGCAAUAAAAAGAACUCUUCCAUUGGUCGUAACA